ACACACAUAACAUGAGGAGGAGUGAAGCUGUACGCCCCCCAGACAGCUCAGUUAUUCACACCUGCCUGCCUCACCGAGGGCCACUCACAGUUUGUGGUACGAGCAAUCAGAAAACGAAAACAGGAAUCGACAUGUCGACUUUCUGUUUCCUGAUAUUUUGAUCAUAUUUAAUGUGACUUUCUUUUCUGCUUUUAAGCUCUCUCUCUCUCACACACCUGCUUCUUUUUUAUAAAGAAACAGAACCUCUAUGGUUCAUGAUUAUGAUUAUUCAUAAGAACGGAACAUCUGCAUGUUUCACUUCUUCUGGCAAGAAGACAAACUAACACAGAUGGAGCCACGUUCUUAUGUAAGGCUGCAAAAUAAAGAGGACAGAAGGGGAAUAUUCCCAGCCUGUAACAAUCCGAGGAAAAUAAGAUCAUUUGGCAAGAUGAUGAGUUGGAAUAUAUUCAUGAUGAACUCAGCUGCGACAUUAAAGCUGCAGAAAUGGGAAGAAAGAAAAGAUACGAGAUUCCCACUUCCUCUUGAUGUGGGUACUCUCCUGAAUCAGAUGCAGUAUAUAUUCGGUCGGCUGUAUCGAUUGGAAAUAUGUUUCAGAGAGGCGCUGCGAUAAAGACACUCGAGAGCUGAGAGACUGCAGCCAUGCUUUGUGAAGGCAGAUUGUUGAGCAUGACCUAUGUUGACCUGGUGGAGCUGGACCCCCUCCCUCCUCAGAAGCCUCUCCGGAGCGCAUACUGGCUGCAGAGAGCAGCUGCUCGGCUCAUGCCAGGCUCCAGCAGACACACUCCACUGGUUCACCACAAUUCCCCUGAGCAGACAGGUCGCGUGGACGACAGGAGUGCUUCAGAGCCGUAUGUUCCUCCUCUGCAGUCCUUGGAUCUCCACAGGGCACAGCCAUGCAAGCGGAUGUCUCCAGAAAUAGAGAUCCCAGCUCAGGCUUGUUCAGGUGGUGACUCCCCUUUCUUGGUUCCCUCCUUCUGUCAGAGCAUCUGUCAAAACUACAGUGACCUCCAUAUCGGAGGUGACCAGGUGCUGCCUCUGUCAACCAACGAUGGGGAGCUCCGGCUCUGUACUGACGCCCAGGCUGUUGGCCCCUUCCUUCAGUCCUGUGAUGUCCUCCCAGCUGUGGAGGAUUCCCCACCAGGACAGACAUCUCAGGGUGGACUUCUGCGUCCACUGAGGGGAGGUUCAAAUCCCUGGAGAUUGGCGAGUACCCGUGAUCGGAGCUUUUUGUUCCAGGGGAGUGAAGCUCCGUUCUCCAACUCUCUUCUGAAUCACUAUCUGGAGGAAAAACUCAUGGAUCUGUACCAGCAAUACAUGAUGGACAACAUGGCCAGGGAAGGGGACUCCGGCACGGGCCCCAUUUGCCCUUUGCUGGGCUCAGAGCUGGUCCUCACCAGCCUGGACCAGAUCACUUUGCAGCUAAGUCGGGAAAGGAACCUGGAGGCCGGCGUGGCCAAGGACAUGGUUCUCAGCUGCCUGCUGCGAGUGGCUGGUGACAAGCAGUCAAGUGAGAUCAGUACUCCCUUUCUGCAGAUGUCAAACGAGACAUCCAGGGACGAGCUCACAGAGAAUAAAGAGCAGUAACACCGGUGUCAAGAACUCAUCCACAAAUACGAUGAAACUUACCAUAAGAGCUGCUGAGAGAGUGUGUAUUGAAUAUGUGUCAUAACAAUCUGUGUCAUAAUUUUCAUAUGCAACUGUACAUGUGUGCAUGUGCUGUGCUGUUUUUACAGGAACUGAACAAUAAAGACAGGAACUGAAAACUGAAA